UCAGUGCUUCUGACUAUCUCCUAUGCAUGUCCGAUGGGUGGGGUGAGCAUAUGCCAUACGGUCAACUGCUCACAACCUCGCAGUCGUUGCUCCUUGAAUCAACAACCCCAAAAGCUGCAGAGAUGCCGGUUGCGUGUCGACGUAUCCUGGAGACUCUGACCAACAUGUUCGUAAACCGGCAUGAGCUGCAGCAUAUAAAGGAACUGGAUAUCGCCAGUCUCUCUCCAUCGGGUUCCCGGUAAACAGCACUAUCCUGUCCUUUCUUCCACUCGUCUACGGAUUCAACUAUGAAGAACGUCGCUGCUGCUUCCUUGCUCUUUGCGGCUGGUGUUGCUGCUGACCGCACCUUCACGGUCGUCAACAACUGCGACUACACCAUCUGGUCAUAUUUCACCGGUGCAGGCACUUCAGCCCCGACCUACCCCACUGGUUGGGAAGCGGCAGCGGGUACUUCAGUAACCUUCUCAGUCCCGGAAGACUGGAACUCAGGCCGCAUUUGGGGUCGCCGGGAUUGUGAUUUUUCCGCCUCGAGUGAUCCUUCCACUUCAUGUGCUGACGGCGGCUGCAACGGCGGUCUCGAGUGUGCCAAAACCGGCGGGCGUCCCCCUGCGACUGUUGCGGAGUUCACGCUCGGGGCUGACGGCACAGACAACUAUGAUGUCUCCCUUGUGGAUGGUUUCAACCUGCCCAUGAGCGUCACCAACAACGUCAACUGUGCCGUCGCGGACUGCCCCGUCGACUUGAACGCGAACUGCCCCACUGAGAUUAAGGGUCCGUACGACUCCUCCGGCAACGCCGUCGGCUGCAAGAGCGCCUGCGAAGCCAACCUUGACGGCGACCAAUCGAACUCGCCGAACUGCUGCUCCGGCAGCUACAACACCCCGGCGACCUGCCCGUCCUCGGGUGUGAAGGACUACUCCUACUUCAAGAGCAACUGCCCGAACUCGUACGCCUACGCGUACGACGAGAGCAGCGGCACAGCGCUCUGGACGUGCGCCUCGAACCUCGGCGCUGAUUACACCAUCACUUUCUGCCCGUCCUCUUCGACGACGACGAAGCGCGGCGUGCACAUGCUCGACCGCUCUUUCAACGUCACCGGCCGCGUUUGAACUGUCUCAAACCGCGGGCCGCGGGGCGUUCGCUGCGCAAGUCGCUACGAUACAUACCCAGUCCCAACGCACCACAUUCCGUUUUUUUUCUUUGGUCUCAGUGUUGUUAUUGUCAUGAUCUUUGUAUAGGAAUUUUGCAGCCUUCACAGUCCUUGUAUACGGUCCUUCCAUGGCGGCCUGCUUGUAUGUAAUGACUACUGUCUUUAUUCUGACUUCUUCGAUGUGUUUCUUGCUAUCUUACCCGUGCUAUGUGCUUUUCAUCGAGUUUCAUUGUGUCCCUUGCAUGUCAAACUUCAUUGUCUCCCUUGU